AUGGCGCAGCAAGAAGACUUGCCUUUCUUCGUCGUUCGCAGUUGCAUCGUUGUGUGCUCCUGUAUUAUGGUGACGCAUGUCUGGUUGUGUUGGGACGACUUGGUAGUCGCGUCGGUGGGACCAUUGAAGCGAUCGCUCCAGACGCUUUUCUCACCGACUAGUCCUUGCACCUCCUUCGAUACCAAAUUCUGGAAGGAGUUCGACAAGGUACGAGUGGCCCGCGGUCGUUUAUUUUUUGAGGCGCUACAGGUCCCCGGGACGAGCAUAUCGUUGCUGACCAUCAUUUGCAUGAGCGCCACCAGCGAGCCUAACUGGGGGCUCGCUUUGUCGGCAGUGUUUGUGUGUGCGCGUUACCUUGCAAUCGCCUACUACAGCUGUUACAUCAAAUUCUCCCGCAUCUCCGCCGUGGACAUGACAUUCUUUUAUCGACUUUUCAUGUCGAUUCUCGUGUUGUGGACGUACUUCACGGACACCGACGACUUUCUAAUGAACGGCGGCUUGCGUUGCGGGCUGCGGGUGGUCAACGCGGUCAUGCUCCUCGAUUGUAGAAUAUCUGUGAGAUGGAACGCCUUCUUCUCUGCAGUUGUGUUCCUCACAGUCUGGCAGCGACGCGAUCAUCUGUGCAUCGACGGGCGGUCUGGCACGGAAGCUUUCGUCCACUAUUGCAUGUCUGAGGUCGCCACUUGCGCUUGUGUCUGCGCUAUUUCAGUUUUCUUGGAGACGUGCGAGCAAGACCGCAUCAAGGCAUCUCUGGACACCAGUCAGUCUGGCAGGGCGUACCUAGCAAUUCAAAGAAUGCUCAGUGUAUUCUGCGACGCCCAUCUGCGCAUAUGCCUUCAAUCUAACAUCAUCGCCCACUCACCACACCUCGUGCAUUUGCUGGGCUCGGGAGAUCGGAAGGGAGAAAUACGGAGCACGCUUCGGGGCGACUGUUUCCUCAGAUACGUGGAAGAGGACGACAGGCAGCGCUUCCAGGACUUCAUCUCAGCAGCGGCGGUGCCUCAGUCGGACGACGUUCCACCCAGUCGCUUAGCCACGUCGCCUGGCGAAUGCCCUGACUCGGUCGACUGCGCCCUGGGCCCUGCUACUUCAAUCCAGGUGUCUCUGCGAAAGGACGGGGGAGCGCACCUCACCCCCGUGGAGCUGUUCUUGAUCCACAUCCCCAACGCCAACGAUGCCCCAGAGUUCCUGAUGGGGAUCCGGGAGACUGGCGAGGCGCUGCCGCACGAGGCGUGCACGGACGCUCCAGGAGCCGUUGCGCUGCAGCUGCACGCGGCGGCCGCGCCCGCGCGCGAGCCCGACCUUGAGCGGAGCCUCGCUUUUGGCCGAGGGCCCGGAGCGCAGGCCGCGCCGGGCACGCUGUCGGACGAGCGGCUCCGGUCGGCGGGCGCGGCGCUGGCGCCGGUCCAGGAGGGGGGAAGCCGCCGCUGCAGGGGGCGCGUGCGCCCGGGGCGCCGUGGCAGGCGCCCGAGCAGCACGUCUGCCAGAGGUCGCGCAGCUCCCUCUCGUCGUCCUCGGGGCGCUCGAGCUCGGCGUCGGGGAGCACCGCGCGGGGCGCGGGCCAGAUCUCGUCCGUGUGCCUGCUGUUGGACUCCGCGACCCCAGACAUUUGUGUCCAGGAGAUGUUGCUGCGGUUCGAGGUUGGGCCUCAGAUGCCCUGCCUGA